AUGGCCGACCUCAACGACGAUUCCAUUCACAUCGAGAAGCUCUACGAGUACGGCGAGCGCCUCAGCGAGGCUAAAGACAAGGCUCAGAACGUUGCCGAUUACCAAGGUAUUAUUGAUGCUGCUAAGACGAGUUUGAAGGCGAAGCAGCUGGCGGCACAGCUCAUCCCGCGCUUCUUCAAGUUCUUCCCUGAACUCUCUAACCAUGCUGUUGACGCUCAUCUGGAUUUGGUUGAAGAGGAAGAUCUUCGGGUGAGGGUACAAGCAAUUAGGGGUCUGCCGCUUUUCUGCAAGACCCCAGACAAUCUAUCCAAGAUUGUGGACAUUCUUGUUCAACUACUUACAGCAGAGGAAAUUAUAGAGAGGGAUGCAGUGCACAAGGCCCUCAUGUCCUUGUUGAGGCAGGAUGUUAAAGCUUGCCUAACUGCCUUAUUCAAACACAUUUGCACUAUUGAUGAACAAAACACAGAGGACCCAUUCCGUGAGAAAGUUCUUAGCUUCAUAAGAGAUAAGGUUUUCCCGCUCAAAGCUGAACUCUUGAGGCCUCAAGAGGAGAUGGAACGACAUAUAACUGAUUUGAUUAAAAAGAGUUUACAAGAUGUAACUGGUGCUGAAUUCAGGAUGUUUAUGGACUUCUUGAAGAGUUUGAACAUGUUUGGGGAUAAAGCCCCUCCUGAGCGUACAAAAGAACUUGUUGAAAUAAUUGAAGGGCAGGCUGAUCUAGAUGCACAGUUCAAUGUUGAAGAUGGAGAUCAUAUUGAUAGAUUAAUAUCAUGCCUGCACACGGCUCUUCCAUUCUUUUUGAGAGGAGCAUCUAGUUCCAAAUUCCUCAACUAUUUGAACAAGCACAUAAUACCCGUUUUCGAUAAGCUUCCUGAAGAACGAAAGCUUGAUUUACUGAAAGCACUGGCAGAAAGCUCUCCAUACACUACUCCUCAAGAUUCUCGCCAGAUUCUUCCUUCUGUUGUUCAACUCUUGAAGAAGUACAUGCCACGAAAGAAGACAGGGGAAGAAACAAACUUUACUUAUGUCGAGUGCUUAUUAUAUGCUUUUCACCAUUUGACAAACAAGGCUCCUAAUGCCACAAACAGCUUAUGCGGUUACAAGAUAGUAACUGGCCAACCAUCAGAUAGACUUGGCGAGGACUUCUCUGAACUCUACAAGGAUUUCACUGAGAGGUUGACUAGUGUGGAGGAGCUUACUAGGGCUACAUUGAAAAAAUUGACGCAAGGAAUGGCAGAACAUAAUAAAGCAAUGUCAGCAGCUAAGUCAGAGGAAGCUAAGGAUGCAAUUAAAAUUCAGAAGCAGAACGCAACAACUGGAUUGAGAACAUGCAAUAACAUUUUGGCGAUGUCAAAGCCUUUGCAUGCAAAAACGCCUUCAUUCAUGGGAGACAAGAGCAUCAACCUUUCUUGGAAAGAAGCAACAAAACCUUCUGUACCAUCCAACACCGUGACAACUGGAGGCAAACGACCUCAAACAGCUACUAAUGGAUCAGGGAACCCGGCAAAGAAGGGGCGUGGUGGUGGCGGUGGCGGCGGCAUGCAGAACCAACUCGUGAAUAGGGCUUUCGAAGGCAUCGGGAGGGGCAACACACAUGGCCGAGGAAGGGGCAGGGGGUGGGGUGGCCGUGGAAGAGGCAGAGGAGGUUUUCGUUAG